GACAAGCCCGAUCAGGUGGACAUCGUUAUGCUGCAGCAGCUCUUGAUCACCCUGCCUGCGGAGGCCAGCACCUGGGUGAAGUUGCACCAUCCAAAGAAGGCCAAGGAGGGGGUGCCCCUAUGGGAGGAUGUGACUAAGAUGUUUGUAGGAGAAGCUCUGCUAUCUCAGGAUGCUAAUGAGACCCAGGGAGAAAGUGUAAAGGAUGAAGGGACUUCUGGGGCCCAGACAGCAGAAUUCCAGGAACGGUUGACCUUCAAGGACAUAACUGUGAACUUCACCCAGGAGGAGUGGGGGCAACUGACCCCUGCUCACCGGAAUCUGUACCGAGAGGUGAUGCUGGAGAACUACGGGAACCUGGUCUCAGUGGCAGGAUAUGAAUUUUCCAAACCUAGGGUGAUUUCCCAGUUGGAGAAAGGAGAAGAGCCAUGGAUAACAGAGAAAGAAGGCUCAGGACAUCCCAGUGCAGACUUAAAGAGUAAAACAGAAACCAGUAUGUCAACUGCAAAGGAACAGUUAUAUCAAGGCAUUAUGAUGGAAAGGUUCAUGAGGGAUGAUGUAAUUGAUUCCACAUUGAGAAAAGUCUCCAAAUAUGAUGAGUUAGAAAGGCAUCAGGACACCAAUGGAAGAGAUGUAAGACAAGCCAUCUUGCUCCACAAGAAGAGAGGCCAAGAAACUAACAAAUUUGGGGAAAAUAUUGUGAGUUCAAAUGUUAUUAUAGAACAGAGGUACUGUAAAUAUGACACACUUAGAAAGAGGAACAAAUACAAAUUAAAUCUGAUUAAUCAUCCAACAAGUUACAUAAGAACAAAAACCUAUGAAUGUAAUAUAUGUGAAAAAAUCUUCAAGCAAACCAUUCAUCUUACUGAACACAUGAGAAUUCAUACUGGUGAGAAACCUUUCAGAUGUAAGGAAUGUGGAAGGGCCUUUAGUCAAAGCGCGUCUCUUAAUACCCACCAGAGAAUCCAUACUGGUGAGAAACCUUUUGAAUGUGAAGAAUGUGGCAAAACCUUCAGACACCGCUCCUCUCUUAAUCAGCAUCGCAGAACUCACACUGGAGAGAAACCUUAUGUAUGUGAUAAAUGUCAGAAAGCUUUCAGCCAGAACAUUAGCUUGAUCCAACAUUUGAGAACUCAUUCUGGAGAGAAACCCUUUACAUGCAAUGAAUGUGGGAAAACCUUUCGACAAAUUAGACACUUAAGUGAACAUAUAAGAAUUCAUACUGGGGAAAAGCCCUAUGUGUGCACUGCAUGUUGUAAAACCUUUAGUCAUCGAGCGUAUCUAACACAUCACCAGAGAAUCCAUACUGGGGAGAGACCCUACAAAUGUAAAGAAUGUGGGAAAGCCUUUAGGCAGAGGAUCCACCUUAGCAACCAUAAAAUUGUUCAUACAGGAGUGAAAGCAUAUGAAUGCACACGGUGUGGGAAAGCCUAUAGGCAUGACUCAUCCUUUAAGAAACAUCAGAGACAUCACACUGGAGAAAAACCUUAUGAAUGUAAUGAAUGUGGAAAAGCCUUCAGCUAUAAUUCAUCACUUACUCGGCACCAUGAAAUACACAGGAGGAAUACCUUCAGAAAUAACGUGUAAAAAUAGAUUAUAAAACAGAUUAUCCAACAUGAGAACAAAAGCCAAGUUUAAAUCAGUGAUUCUAUGCUUUUAAUUUUCAGAACUCUAAAUGUGAGUUAUUGAUAUAAUGAUGCCAACUUCUAAUUUUGCCCAUUGUGUAAAUAAACACUACAUUGAUAACUACUAUCUACACUUCCGUACAAAGCACUUAAAAAUAAAGGAUGGUCCUUCCAAUUAAAUUCAACAAUGUGGAAAAUUAAACACAUUAUUAUUUUUCUGACUUCA